AUGAAUUUGGACAAUUCAGACGAAGAAAGUAAUUCUAGUAUAGUCAAAAAGAAGCUAACGCCCUUAACAAAAAGGGAAUCAAUAGGAUGGUAUUUUCUUUGUGCAGCAAGCGGGAUUUAUGGCGGUGCACCGAUAGGAGCGAGCCGGGCUGGAUACGAGCUUGAUCAAGUGACUCCAUGUAACACGACGGUUGCAAAUUAUAAUUGUGUUGUACGUUUUGGUACAGGCUUUAUCGAUACCAACUCAUAUUCAUUAUAUAUAAUUUCAAUCUCAGUAUUUGUACAGACAAUCUUGUUCAUUAGUUGUGGUUCUUUAGCCGAUCAUGGAAAUAUGCAAAAAAUGUUCGCCUUGCUUUACGGCUUUAUAGGUGCCAUUACGACGAUUUUGUUUAUAACCGUCACUAGUCCUCAACAAUAUUUGUUGGCUGGAAUAUUCGCUAUUAUAUCAAAUUGUUGUUACGGUGCAACAAACAUCUUUACUAUUGCGUAUAUCCCAAUAUUUGCUCGAAAUCAUCCAAAGAUUAUAGAUGCAAAAAAUUCUGAUAUGUCUAUCUCCGAAAUCAAAUUUUUAGAAGAUAAAAUGACUGUAAAAUUAUCAUCGAAUUCAUUAAUUUCAGCAUUUUUUGCUAUUAUGAUAAUAAUGUUUGCUGCUGGUGGAAUUCUUGCAUUAUUAAAAGGUUCUCCGUAUGCUAUUCAAAUUGCAUUAGCAUUUGCAGGAAAAACGUUAUCAUCAACCCGUUCACUCUGGCAAACUAUGAAAUGUCUUUUUGGUUGGUUUCUUUUAUCUGAUGGUGUAAGCACAUUAAUAGUAGUAGGAGUUCUGUUCAGUAGAAAACAACUUGGAUUGAAUGACGCAGAAAUCUCUAUAAUUACAUCAUUAGCUCCAAUAUUCGAAAUUUUUGGCAUAUUUAUGUUACUUUAUUUACAAAAACUAUUUCAUUUGACUGAAAAAACACUCGUUGUAAUCUCUUCUAUAUUUGCAAGUGUAUUACCAUUAUAUGUAAUAUUGGGUUUUUGGUUACCAUUUGGAUUAAAUAACAAAUGGGAAAUUUGGAUGUAUUUGAUAUGGUUCGGAAUUGCUAUUGGUUCGAUAAAUAAUUAUUGUCGAGCUCUCUUCGCUAUUAUAAUACCUAUUGGACAUGAAAAUGAAUUUUUUUCUUUAUAUCAAAUGACUGCAAAGGAUGCUGAAGCAUUUUCUAGUAAAGGAAUUGAUAAUGAAAUCGAAUAA